AUGACAGCGGCAGACCAAGGAUGUUAUAUCUGCGGAAUCAUCACUAAAAGUGACGCAUGGAGAGCCUUAGAAGGUGAUGCCAAGUUUGAGUCUACGUGGUAUCUGGAAGCUCUGUCUAGGAGCCUUUCUGGAUGGUUCAACUUGACGAUUGAUGCUGUAGGAACGGGACAAGACUUGAGUGAGUCAAGUGAGGGCAGCGAAGAGGAUUUGACAAAUCUGGGACCAGAUGGAGUUGCAAAUAGUGACACAAAAAUGGAUGGCUCGAUGGCGACAUCUGCAUCCGCACCAGGGCCAAUAUGGGGAUUUACGCUACAACCUGCCACAGAUAUUGAAAGAUCCAUCGGGAUAUAUACACCACCAGAAGACGCUCAUCAUCCAGGUAUUCUUGAUCAAGGCUGCCAAUGGUUCUCGAAGUGCAAAACGGAGCAUUCCACCUUCAAUAAGCAGAGUUCCAGCUUUCUCCCAACCAGACUUCUGGAAAUCAUCAAUCAGAAUCACGUGCGAGUAGUCUUGACCAAGGAAUUCCAAGGAGAAAUGUCAACUCACUCCUACGCAACACUCUCACACUGCUGGGGCACAGCCGAGACUCUAAGAUUACUAACCUCAAAUAUUGACCAACUGCGAUGGGGCACUAAUAUUACUGAACUUCCAGCAAGCUACCAAGAGGCUAUUGCGGUCUGCAACAGAUUCGGUUUUCGGCACAUCUGGAUUGAUUCCUUGUGCAUCAUUCAGGAUUCUCCCGAAGACUGGCGCAGGGAAGCUAUGGCUAUGAAAGAUGUGUAUCGAAACUCUAUGUUGAACAUUGCAGCAGCGGCAGCGGCAGAGAAUACCCAGCUUAGUUUCACUGAUAGAGAUGCGUCAACAAUCUCGCCAUUACCGAUUGACACUCACUGGGAAGAGCAAGAACCUGCAAAAUUCCAUUUGACGAAUGCAAAUUCUUACAGAGACGAGGUUGGAUCCUCACCACUACGUCGGCGGGCAUGGGUAGUGCAGGAAGUUUGGCUAUCGUCGCGCAAUUUGUAUCUCACAAAGAACCAAUUAUGGUGGAAAUGCUGCGAGCGAGAAGCAUCUGAGGCGUAUCCAGAAGGCUUGCCAGAGGAAUUGAGCUCGCUAGGAUCUCAUACCGGCUAUGGAAAACAACGAUAUGACGCAGUUGGCCUCCAUCAUACGUGGAACCGACUUGUUGAGACAUAUUCUGCUUGCCACCUCACAGUUCCGUCUGACAAGAUGAUCGCAUUCGCGGGGAUCGCGCAGCAUUUCCAAACCCUGCUAGGCAGCGGGGAUAUCUACAUAGCUGGGCUUUGGCGCUCACAGUUGCCAUACGCAUUAUGUUGGUUUUCGACAAAAGAAUAUCGAGCGACCAGACCAUCUGCAUACAGAGCGCCAUCAUGGUCUUGGGCUUCCAUAGAUGGAGCUAUACGUUUUGGCCACAAUACACCGAAUGCCGAGAAGGAUAGCAUCCAGGCUCUUUGCUCUGUGGAGGUCUGCCAGAUAUACCCCGCGAACGAAGAUCCUACUGGAUCGUUGAGAGGAGGCGGGAUCGUAAUCAACGGCCGUCUUACCAGGAUUGGCUUCUCAAAUGAUCGGAUGAAGGUCGAAGAUGCCGAUGGCAACCUUAAUCGUAUUCCAGGCGCAGAUACCAGGGAAGCCUCGUACCUUGAGCCACAUUGGACACUCAUGGACCUCGAUGAAAACACUCAUAAAGGAUACGCGACAUAUUCAUACUUCGAUAAUUUGACGGCGAGGGACUUGGCAAACUUUGAGAUGGACGGAACAAUUAGAAAGACAAACCAUUCCUUUGCAAAUGAACACGUUGAAAGCUCCUUGUUCUUUGCUUUGCCUGUCAUGAGUUGGAUUGAAAGUGACAGGCCUUGGAUGAAAGGUCUGAUCUUGUGUCUUGUCGAAGUUGAAGGAAUUUGCACUUACCAGAGGGUUGGGAGAUUUUCGGCAAGGGGACGUAUUCCAAUUUCUAGGCUGAUGCGAGAUCCGGCGGAGAUUGUGCUGAUCUUGUGA